GGUAUCGCGGUGUCGCGCGGCGCGCUCGCUACUCGCGUCCAACGCACACGUACAAAUAGAAAAACUUUGUGAUGUAACUAUUUUAUCUGUGUAAUAAUAACACUUUUGUGUCCCCUGUGUUUACGUUUUCGCUUCGCAAUUGUUCUACGAUAACGAUGAAUCGAGCGGUGACUAUGUGUGUAUUAUAGUGUGCGAAAUAUUUUGGAUUUAGAUUGUGCGUUCGUAAAGAGAAGAAUUUUAAAAAGAUAUUUCAAGCGAAAAAAGUUUGUAUAGGAGUUUUUCAUCCUGAAAAAGUUUGGUCUCUGAAAAGUUUUGUUUCAUAUAUCGACACUUAUAAAGAUUUUAAUAGAAGUGUAAGAUAAAGGAAAAUUCAAAGUUAUGCGUAAGUGUAAAAAGUUCAAAUUCAAAUAGAUAAAUGUUAUUAUUAUAAAGAGUAUGCUAUGGCUCUCCGGCAUGACGCCAUGGAUCCCACAUUCCUGCCAGCCGACACGCCACCAAUCGCUGCCGACAUUGACUAUCAGCCGAAGACAGAUUUGGCGUCCGAAUACUUCAAUACGUUCAGUCAGAUAUGCGAGAACUAUCGGACAGAUUCGGACGUCAACCGGCAGACGUCGGACUCGCUCCGUUUGACGUCGGAGAUACUGGACGGCGUCCGGUCCGAAUACAACGAGUACGGAGAGAGAGUGUACAAAGAUGACAGACAGGAGUUUGUCAGUACAGAUUUUAGUGAUAAAGUGUUUAUGAAGGACGAGCAUGUGUUCCAAUUCGGACAACCGGACGCGACAGCCCUGUUGAGGCACCGAGCGAGACGGAGAUACCACGAGGAACACGGCCUGCAACCACCGGCGGCCACCAGUCAGGAGAGCGGGUAUGGCAGCGACGAAUUCGGGCACGACUCGCCCAGUCGGUACGCGUCGCCGAAGGGCGCGGGCGCCGGCGCACCGUACCAGGAGCCUUACUACGGUGGAGGGGGUGGUGGCGGCGGGGAGUGGGGGGCGGGAUAUUACCAACCACCGCCGCCAUAUCAACACGAUCCUUAUGCGACGUCGCCAGGUGUAGCAGCGGCAGGUGGCGGCGAGGCGGGGGGCGCGGAGCUGCCGCUGCCGCCGAUGUCGUCGUUCCGAGCGGCUGCGCCACACCACUCUCCCACCGAUCCCAUGCUCGUCGGAAAACCCUCACUACAACCGAUGUACGCGGGUGGUGCCCACACGGUUGGCGUGGGCGGCGUUGGGGGCGUGGUGGAGGCAUCGCUGUCAUCUUACGGGUCGUCGCCCUCCACGCCCGUGCACUCGCCGCCGCCCCUACAUCCACGGCUGUACCCGCUCAAACACUCGCCACACCACCUCCAACACAACGGACAGGCGUCAUGGGCGGGUAGCGGGGUCUCGUCACCUCCGGCGGGCGCGGGGGCGGGCGCGGUUGGCAGCGUGGGGGCGCCGCUGCCCGCGCCCGUACUGCCCAACGGACAUCAUGCGGUCUUCCCGCCCCCAGUCAUGGGUGCUCGAAUGGAGGAGCGGUUAGACGACGCCAUCAACGUAUUAAGGAACCACGCGGAAGCCGCUGAUCUCUACCCGCAGGAUCAUCUCACACACCAGCCUCAACCAGGGAGCCGAUUGGCGCCGCACCUGCACGCGGACCCCGCCGUCAAACUGGAGAGACACGCGCUGCCCACCACUAAGAAACGUAAAGAGCCACCCGAUUCAGGCCUAGACUCGAAGCCGUCAUCGUCAGGCUCGGCGGACGCGCUCGCCGCCAAACCACCCGGCUCCAAGAGAUCCAGACGGUACUGUUCGUCGGCUGACGAAGGUGAUGAUGAGGCGGAUCCACAAGCGAAAGCGUUACGAGAGAAGGAGAGACGGCAGGCAAACAAUGCGAGAGAGAGGAUAAGGAUAAGAGACAUAAACGAAGCGCUCAAGGAACUAGGAAGGAUGUGCAUGACUCACCUGAAAAGUGACAAGCCUCAGACCAAGUUAGGUAUCCUGAACAUGGCAGUGGAAGUGAUCAUGACGCUAGAACAACAAGUCAGAGAACGCAACCUGAACCCUAAAGCGGCGUGCCUCAAGAGACGCGAGGAGGAGAAGGCGGAGGAAGCGCCCAAACUAUUAGCGCCCCUACAACACUACCCGCCCAUGCCCGGUAUGGGUCAGUUGCCGGGCCAGCCGCCAACAGGAGGGCCGCCGCAAUAGCGACUCGCCGCCCCCCCUACGCACCAUGUCCCCUCCCCCACACAUAAUACACUACACAUACAUAAUACACAACAUAUACAUAACACACACAGUACACAACACACGCCGCCCGACACUAGCCGCAGAACGCGCUAGCCUAUAGCAUUUAUUACGCCACAACAAUCAAUGAUAGGGUUCAUUUUAUAGCAGUUUAUGGUCGAAUUCUUGGUGCAACUGUCGUAAACAAUAAUUUUGGAAGAAGUAUAAUGCAUUUUUAAUACUGGACAUGAUUUGGAUAUGUUGUAACCACCUGUCUUUAUAGUAUUCUCACUCUAGUUAAUACUUGUUAUUGCAUGUUUAUUAACAUUAAGUAAAAAUGUAUCUUCAGUUAUAAUAAUCACGUAAAAGAUGUUUACGCAGAAAUGAAUAAGAAAUUCUGAUAUAUGUUGAGGGUAGUAAAAUUACAUGUGCUUUAACAGCUCCGAGUGAUGUCUCCAUAUUUUUUUAUAGCUAAUUCUGCUCUUUAGUUAUCAUAAUAAAUUGAUGUCUACUCUACUCGCAAUAAUGCAAUGAAAUUAAAUCUCCAUUGCUAUGCAUUUAGGACGCAAUUU